AUGAACAACCAGAAUCAGCAGAAUCAGCAGCCUGGCCAACCGGGCGGGCAGGGUCAGCAGCCCACCGCCGCCCAAGCCGCGCAGUACAAACAAGCGCUCAUUCAGCAGCAGCAGCUGAUGCGCGCGCAGGCCCUCGCGCAGGCGCAAGCGCAGCAACAGCCAGGUCAGUCCUCCACACAACCUCAACAGCAGCAGCAACCUCAACAGCAGGCAGCCACGAUGCAGACACUCCAGCAGCUGGUGCAGAACAAUCCGCAGGGAUUGAAUGCGCUGCUCCAGGCCGCGAGGGAAGGAAAGAUGAACCCGGAACAGCUUGCACAAUUGAAGGUGUUUAUUGGUGCCCAUCAGGCUCAACAGCAACAGCAACAGCAGCAACAGCAACAGCAACAGAUUCGACCCCCGCAGCAACAGCAGCAGAUGCAGCAGCAGGUGAGGCCUCCGCAGCAACAGCAGGGACAGCCGAAUUUGCAACAGCAGCAGCAACAGAUGGCCGCCGCACUUCAACAGCAGCUUCAGCAGCAACAACAGCGGAAUGCUGCACAGAAUGUCCUCCAGCAGCAGCAGCAACAGCAGCAGGUUCGUCCGCCGCAAGCUACAAGCGCUCCGGGCCAGCCUCAGAUGCCCCAGAAUGAGCAGGCGCUGCUCGAGCAAUUUAAUCGCAUCGCUCAGCCACUGCGCAAUAAGGUGCAUGCACUCGAAAGCGCCAUGGCCAAUCCCGACCUCAAGCCCGAGGAUAGGCAGCAGUGCCAAAAUGCUUUGCAGGAGACGAGGAAUCAGCAGGCGAACCUUGCCAAGCAGAUCCAGCUCGUUAGGGAGACGUUCAGGCAGCAACAGCAGCAACAGCAACAACAACAGCAACAGCAGAUGGGUCAACAGCAGCAACAGAUGCCGCAGGUGGCACCGACUCCGGUCGCAGGUGCGAAUCCCCAGCAGCAGACGGCGAGUCCCGUUGUUCCGGCGGUUCCAACCGCAGCCGGCGUGCCAUCCACACCGGCGCCUGCGCCUGCGACGGCAGCUGCGGGGACACCAAAGACGCAGGCGAAGGCGACGCCCAAGGCACCUGCAAAGAGCAAAGCUGCGCUGAAGAAGGAAAAAGAAGCCAAGGAGAAGGAGGAGAAGGAGAAGAAGGAGAAAGAGGCGAAGGAGGCCAAGGCUGCUAAAGGUGCUGCGGCGAAGGGUAAGGCAGGUGCUGCGUCGGCGGUAGCUGCUUCUUCUGCUGCUGCGACCGCGUCACCGGCUGCUGCAGCCAAGUCCUCGCCUGUGCCGGGUGCGAGUGGUGCUGCGACGCCUGCGCCAGGUGCUGGACCAGGAACUUCUGCGCCUGCCACUCCAGCCGCUGCUGCCGCUCCGACUCCGGGAGCUGCGGGCAAGCCUGCGACGAAUGUCCCUGGCGUGCCUUCAGCGGGAGCUGCUCCAGGCGUACCGAUGACCGCAGCGUCUGGCGGCGCGACCACACCCACAGCUGGCACGGUCGGCGGGACACCCGUCACAGCCAUGUCUGCCGCUGCCGCCUCGUACGCCAAUGUCGCCAUCCCGCCUGUUCUCAACGUCUCGUCAUCCACCGCUCCCGAGCCGUACCCGAACAGCGCCGGACCCCGCUCCAGCAUGACGCAGGGUCUCGGCGUUGCACCCGUCAUCGGCACGCCCGCCAUCCUCUCCCGCCCCAACCCCACAGGUAGCGGUCUCAACGAGCAAAACGAUGCUGCGCUUGACGACCUGCUCGGUCUUCCACCUAAGUCUGCCAGCAACAACGCAGACGAUCUUCUCAGCCUGCCCUCAACCGCGGACGACUCCGACGUAGCCACUGCCGCCGCAGCCACCGCCACCGCCGCCCUCUCAUCCACCAUCACCUCACCCUUCGCCGCCGCUCCCGCGCCUACCAUCUCAACCUCCACCUCCAUGCUCACCAAGCGCAAGAUCUCGGACCUCAUCUCGGAGCUCGACGCGAACGAGAAGCUCACCGGUGCCGUCGAAGACCUGCUGCUCGAGCUGGCCGACGAAUUCAUCGAUAGCGUCACCAGCAUGGCCUGCCGCCUGGCAAAGCAUCGACGCGGCGACAAGCUGGAGGUAAGAGACGUGCAAUUGCAUCUCGAGAGGAAUUGGAAUUUGCGUGUGCCCUUCCCCGGGGCUGUGCCGAUCGCUCCGCCUAGGACAAAGGUCGGUCCUGGAACGAGUGGUGCUGGCGCCGCAGGGGGGAGUGGGAAGUAG